AGAUUUUAUAAAUAGCGAAUUAUUUUUAUUGUUUGCAUUGUUUCCAUUAUUUUAUGGCUAAACAAUGACGAGACACCUGCAGUAUUUAUGUGCCUGUACUUGUAUAUGGCUUUUGGCUUCAUCUCACAAUGCUUUAGCUUUAGAGAAAUGGUCACGUCAAUUGGAGGCAACCGAUCCAGGAGUAUCGGACAGUUUUGAUUGGAUACCUUUGGCCCAGCCCGCUGAUAGUUCGACACAAACAAAAGAUCGUUCCGGCAAUGGUCGUGUUUUGACUUACUCCCAGGCAUUUCCUUCAAACGGCCACUUCAGUGAUUUGUCCAAAGGUUUUGGUUCACCGGUAUCGCAGAAGCCUUCACCUUUUGAUUUCCCCUAUCAAUUCCAAAGUUUCGGCAAUGUACCCCAGGCUCAAUCGUUAAAACAACCUGGAUCAGGCCUUAAAACCAAUGCCUUCCAAGGUCAGGAUCCUACAUCGCAGUCAUUUUUCAAAUUUGAAAUGCCUUUGAAUCAACAAAACACACGUCUAAACUCAGCGCAAUUGAAUGGCGGUUCGGGAGUUAAUACUGGCUAUCAAAUUUCGCAUGCUUUUGGAAAUGGCGCCCAAGCUACUUUGUUCAACUCACCCUUGUUCAAUCAACAACCUGUGUUUCCACCAGAAUUCCAUCCUGUACCACCCAAACCUCAAACUCAACAAUUACAGCAGAAACCCUUAUUACAUUCAAAUUUUAUUUCAAAUGAACCUAUUUCCCUGAAAAACUUCUUUAAAGACAACAAACCUACUCCUGCUUCCCCGCUACAGGCUGUAUCACCACAAGUAUUUCCACAAGUUGAUACACAGGGCAACUCCCACUUCUCCUUGAGAUCUCCUUUCAACACUUUACCUUCAGGUCCCGCUCCCUCAGCGGCUUCUCCACAACAAGAUCAGCAAUAUUUGUAUGUACCCUACAAUGACAUCUUCAGUCAAGCACCACAGGCUCAGCCUUCAGUACAGCAGCAACAACAACCACAGGCCCAACCACAACCACAACAGCAAGCACAACCUCAGGCCCAACUACAAAAUCCCUUCGAGACAGCUCCUAAAUACAGCAAUAAUUUACCCACCGUAAAUCCCUACCAAAUAAACCAAUUUUAUACACCUGACUCCCUAGGACAGCAACCACAACUUAAAUACUACUCCACUAGCACUACCAGCACCACUAGCAGACCUCAAACUACUUCCCUAAAACCUGCUAAUAUCUUCCAGAACUUUGUCAGUCCUCAGUACAAUACCACACCCAAACCAAAACCAAAAGCUCAUCAACCUCCAUUGGCCAUGUUUUUGUUAAGAUCUUCUGGUAGACCCACAGAAUCUGAUAUUGUUGAUACUUUGGGCAGCUCCAAAAGCAUUGCUGUCAUAGAUGCUCCCACACAAAAUCCUCCGAAAAUCUUUGUUGGUCCUUCUGGUAUGCCCAUACCAAAUGGUUACACUAAAUUUGAUUUGCCCUAUCUCUCGCAAUUGCAAGGUGCUCAGGAUAUUAAUGAUGUCUCGUUCUUUGUGGCUCCUUUAAGUUAUCGCACUCCUGGAGGUUUCAAUAAAAUUCUAUUACCAGAGCCUCAUGUGGGUUCCAUUGUGGUUAAUCUAUCGAAAUCGGGUUUGCAACAAGCUCCUCCACAAUACUAUCAACCCCAACCACAACAAGUGAUAGAGCAAACAACUACGACCACCCACAGACCUCGCACUUCCACACAAAGAGUUAAAUCUCAUCAUCAAAACAGCAAUGGCAACAGAGGUAAUAAAUUUAGUUAUUACUAUGAUCAAGAUCCCAUACAAGAAGUGCCUUCACCUCAAGUUGUGCAAAAGGAACGUCCCAAAAAGAAGAGACCUCAAUCGGUGAAAACUGAACAGCCUGCAUUCACACACCAGCUAAGCAAUCCAUAUGCUCAAUUCAAUCCCAUACCAAAUCAAAUAUCAACCGAUGACUUCUAUAAACUACAAACCAAACCAUCAUCUACUUCCUCAACAUCAACUACUUCCACAACCUCAACAACAUCUAGUACUACCUCGACCACGGCUGCACCUCAGCACUAUUUUGCCUACAAUACACAUCAACAAGCUGAAUAUCCUAGUGCUAAUGGUCCUCUCUAUCCAGAAAUAAACCAAAUUUCUCAACAACAACAUGUGCCGGCACAACAGGAAGAAAGACCUAGAUUAACUACCAGACCACCCGUGGCUACAACAACAGCUGAGGAGGAAUACCGUAUGAAGCAAUACUAUAGAAAACAAGAGGCUAAUCGUCAUCGUCCCCAGGUGGUAGCCCAAACUAGCUCGCCCUACGAGGAAGUGCAUUAUACACCCGUUGACGUGGAAUAUGAAAUUUCCAAAACCACAACCAAAAAACCAAGAAUAACAUUCUUUAGUCCUACAGGUUCACCAGCACAAGAUGAUGACUAUAACACGGUGCCUCCCCAACAACAAACCACUAAUAACCAAUUGCCUGUCAAUCAUCGUCCUUCUUACAUUCAAAAUGAAAUUACCGAUAGCCCGGUAGAAUAUGAACCCAAUCCUUAUCAAUUGCCCUCGGAAUUACCUCAAUUGACACCCAAUUUCCCUGGUCUAGUUAAUAACCUCAAGGAGAUGAAAGAACAACAGCCAAAUAUCCAAGAACAAACUACUUCCACACAAGAACAAACAACUGUAACACCACAAACUUAUCAAGAGCCGGAAUCAUCCACCAGACCAACAAGAAGACCCAUUAAUCGUGUACGCAAACCUUCCUCCACCAGAGUAACAUCAUCCGUGUCCUAUUCGGAAUCCGAAACUUUCACCAGAAGGCCAAUUAAUCGUGUCAGACGUCCAUUUGGAUCACGCAAUACUGCCUCUACUCCAAGUUCAGUAAAUGUGGAUUAUGAUGAAACCACCACCACUACAACAAGACGUCCUUCUUCAGUUCGUAAUCCAUUAAUACGCAAUCCCAAUCGCAUACGUUAUCAGCCUACUCCCGAAGAGAGACAAACCUUGAGAAUUAAACCCAAAAGAAAGUACAAUGGCUCGGGUAAAGUGGUGAAGGAGAGCGAAGACUUGGACUACCAACGUGAUGUAUUGAAACAAAAUUAUCCGGUUUUCAAGCCAACCAGUUCACGCAGACCCAGCAGUAGUCCCACGGCCAUACCCACCACAUAUGAUGUGGGAACUACUGAAGCUCCUACCGCGGAAACUCAGCAGGUAUACACUGUAACUCCCAGUAAUAGCAUAGAUAAUGAUCAAAACUUCCCGGCCGGACUAUUGGAACCCAUGCAAAUUGCUCAGCAAUACAAUGAAUACAAAAAUAACUAUGGCCCCGGCUAUUUCCCCAAUCAAGAAGAUGUCUUACCCACUGAAGCUGUGUUAAGAAAUGAAAUCAAUCCCGUCUAUAGUACAGUCCCUAGUUCAGCUCCUCCAACCACAACCACCACUACUACAACCACAACAACAACAACAGAAGCUCCGCCAGAGAUAACAACCAGACGUUCUCCUUUCAUUAGAAGAAAUUAUCCAAGACUGAGGACCACAACGACUGAGACGCCAACCACUACAACACCAGCUGAGGAUGAUAAACCAGCGACUCGCAAUCGUCUGACUCCCCGCAAGGUUAUCAAGGUACGUGCCCGUACACGUCGUCCUUUGCUUACAGCCUCUUCCACACCAGCCCCCGAAGAGGAAAAUGAACCUACUGAACAGCCCAAACAAAACUAUCGCAAAUUGAAUCGUUUCAAUCAAGAUUUAUACGAUAAUGAGACCCCCAGACGUCGUUAUAAGCAAAAGUUCCAAUUGGAAGGACAAGAGUCCCAGUGGUCUCCUUCGGCUAAAGCAGGACCUACAAAUAACUUUAAACCCAUCAAUCCCAAGGAAAACAGAAAUCAGCAUAAAUUUGAAAAUGAACCCGAGAUCGUGACAGCUGGACCUGAAUCCGACAACAAGGAGAAUUAUGAAAUUAAGGUAUCGGCCAAUUAUGGUCCAUCAUCUAAUAGCAUGAAGCAACCCAAUUUGAAACCAGAAAAAUCCUUUGCUGAACUUCUAGAAGAAGUCAUGGGAAAAGCUCCUGAGGAAACAACCAUGAAUCCAGAAGCCUCGACAGAUGGUACUGGUUUUGAAGCACAAAAAACUACAAUUGCCAAUCGUAUAUUGCGCCGAGGCAAAUGGAAGAAAACUCGCGUCUCCUCAUCUGUCAGUUCAUCCAGCUCUAGCUCAAGCUCCAGCAAUGGUAAUGGUGAAAGUUUUGAAACAGCUGAAUCGCAAAAUCUAGGCUCCCAACUGUACAACUCUUUGCACAAGACUAACAAACCCAAUGAUCCCAUGGAUGUUGGCAAAGAUUGGAGAACUACUACACCCAUGACUACAGCGGCGGAAAUAAAUUCCAUGUACAAUGCCAUCACCACCACCGCCAUGCCUAUGAGUUCUAUGGAAGAAUAUAGCAUGUCUACUGCCAGCCCCCGUGAAACUUUAGCCACAACUUUGCCCAUGAACAUGGAAGAAUCCAAAAUUGUUACUGAAAAAACACUGCCUCCAAUGAGCAACCAAGAAGAAAGUGCAACCCGACGAAUGGAUGAAGAUAUGGCCAUGGAAGAUGAUUUGGAAAUCCAGCCCAGUCUCUUUUCCGAAGUUAAAAAACAAUUGCAUGAACUUUUCUCAAUAGAAGAAAGUGAUGAUACAGCAGUGACAGCUGCUUUGGCAGCAGUGGGUAGACGUCGUCAAGAGUACACCAACAUUAAGAGACCAAAAGUCGAAACAACUACAUCAGCGAUAGAUCUUGUUUCCAUAACCGAACCCAUGUCCGUGGAAGAUAAGAAAGCCUUCCAUCGAGAGCUAAUGAAACAUGUAGUCUAUGCUACCUCAUCACCGGUCCAAGAAGAAGAAACAUCUGAGGCUGAAAUAUGCUAUAGAGGGCGCUGUAUAAAAUCCGAGGAUUUACCAUCUAAUCACAAAUUAAAUUAAAACAUUGUAAACAUUUAAAUUUCCCUCCCGCAUUGUUUCCCCCCUCAUUUUCGUCACUUAUUAUAAAACUCUUCUACAGCUGGCGCUUAAGCAUAGAGUGUAGUAGAGUUUCUUUUUUAAGAGAGCCGUAGAAGAGUAACUUUUCGUAUAGAGAUUGUGAUAAACUCAAAAUUAUUUAUAUCUUCUUAAUUCUAUCUCUCUGUCUCUAUCUAUCUCUCAGCUUUCCCUAGUGGCGUUGUGUGUCAUUCUUUUUCGAAGAGAAAAAAAGUCAUAUCUACUCGUAUCUAUUAUUAUAAAACCUGCUUAGCUUUUUAUAGAAUUUUCUUCAUUUAUUUC